UCUCUGGGUUAAAAGGUCUCCAAGCAUCUAAGGAUAAGAGUAAACAGAACAUGGUGGACUGUGCAAUUCGGAAUGUGACUUUUUCCAUGGAUUCUUGGUUGUUAUCUUUUGGAUAUAAAACGAGCUUAUUCCACGAAGAUUAACCCGAUUGGAGCACCAGAAGAACCAGUCCAAGCGUCAACUAUGGAUUUGGUCGACUCCAAGGAUGAUUUUCUGUCCCGGAAGGAUCUCAUCUACUCCAUCACCAUCCCCCUCUCCACCUCCAUCAUCCUGGCCAACAUCCUCAUCAUCCUCGGCAUCGUUUUCAACCGGCAACUUCACAACACCCCCAACUACUUCUUCCUGAGCCUCCUUGUGGCGGACAUGUGCACAGGUGUGGCGUUGCCUUUCAUACCUCUGAUGGGUCUGAACCGGGAGUUGAGUUUCAGUUCUUGCAUGGUGGUUCACAUCUUCCCAAACUUCCUCUUUUUGGCGUUCCUUUUCAACCUCGUGAUGGUGCACUACGAGAGGUACGUCUGCAUCUCGGACCCGCUUCACUACGCCAACUUGUGGAUGCAUAGAAGUUUUCCGUUAGCUCUGUUUGUAGUUUGGGCACCUCCGCUUCUGUACGCUUCCUUACCCGCUUUUGGAUGGAAUAACUGGACGGGACCAGACCUGGAUGGGUGCUGCGUUGAUAGCCGAAGUUCAACGCCGAACUGUACAACCAACGGUACGGCUUAUUGUUCCUACAGGACAGUCUUCACCAAUGAGUUUAUCUACUUGGAGCUCUACGGCCUGGUCCUUCCCGCUAUCCUUACGAUCGCAGGGAUGACCGGGCGUGUUCUCUACAUCACGAAAGGUCAACUGAAAAACAUUUGCCGUCUACACAGAUCCGUGCAAAGAGGAAACAAAGCGUCGGACAGAGAGCAGAGGUUGAAUCUACGCUAUACUCGCUGCGUAGUGGCGGUCUCCCUUACGUUUUUAGCAUGUUGGGUCCCCUACCUCAUUUAUAUGCAUGUGUGUAUUGCGUUUUUGCUCAGCGAUACGAGAUGGAACUUUACCACGCACAUCAUCUUGUCCUGCACGGGGAAUGGGAGCAUGGCCGUGGUGCCGUUGGUCCUCGGUUUGUCCAAUCGGGAGUAUACGGAACCGGCGUACAAGCUCCUGCAGAAAAUAAGGGACAGAGUGAGAAGGAAAAAAAGGGACUCGAGUGAAAUUGCAGUUUGAGGAUAGAAACGGAAGCAGUUUUGUCAACAGAUAAAUGUGAACUAUGCAGCUUUUCUGGUAGAGUGGCCAAGCAACUACUUGUCUCCAUGAAGAUAUCAAAGAGUUGGCUAAAAUGUUCCGCAGUAUGGCAUUUAACACGUCUAUCUUAACUGAGAAAAGCAGGUGAAGCCAACAGGCCGAGAUAAACAUCACAUCAGAAGGUUGGUGAUUCUAAUCCAACUCUCGACUUAAACAUCAUCGGUCGAUCGGUCGGAUCCAUUGACCCACAGGUUGGCGGUGCAAUUCCAGCUCACAGAUUAAUACUGUCGUUGUGUCCUUGGGCAAGACACUUAACCGAACCUCAUCCCGAGUUUCUGCGUGUAUGAAUGUGUGAGUGGUUCUUUGAUGUAAAGCGUUUUGAGCAUCUUGAAGGUGGAAAACGCGAUAUGAAAAUGUUUUGAAUAAAAAACACUAUUAAUUGAAUAAAUGCGAGAUGGGUACGUUUAAUGCCAUAUUGUGGAACAUUCCGGGCAAAGCAGUCAUCUUAAGGCAGAGGUAUCAAACUCAUUUUCACAAAGGGCCACAUCAA